CAGGCAGGCCACCUCCCACGCCGACGACCUCCGGGAAAUCUUUGAAAUAAUGAAGGAGUUCAGGCUCCGCCUUAACCCCAAGAAGUGCGCCUUCGGCGUCCAGGGCGGCAAGUUCCUUGGCUACAUGGUCAGCCGGAGAGGCAUCGAGAUAAACCCGGAGAAGACGCAGGCCAUCAUCAACAUGGAGCCGCCCCGCAACGUCAAGGAGGUACAACGACUGACGGGGCGCCUGACGGCCUUGAACCGGUUCCUCUCCAGGUCCGCCGAGAGGGCACUCCCCUUCUUUCAGAUCAUGCGAAAGGCCAACAGCUUCAAGUGGACGACGGAGUGUCAGGAAGCAUUCGACGAAUUGAAAAGGUACUUGUCGUCCCCGCCCGUGCUCUCCAAGCCCAGAGCCGGCGAAACCCUCUUCUUGUACUUAGGGGUGAGCACGUCGGCCGUCAGCUCCGUGCUCAUCCGUGAGGACGAAGGGGUGCAGAAGGCCAUCUUCUACAUCAGCAAGACACUCAGGGAGGCCGAGCUCAGGUACUCCCCCAUUGAGAAGACGGUGCUGGCCAUCGUCCACACAGUGAAGAAGCUGGGGCACUAUUUCCAAGCCCAUACCGU